CAGUGGAGCAGGGCUGAAAUUAUUAAAUUAAGGAGUCCGAGGUAUUUACUCUCUCUUCUCUCUACUUUCCACCCUCUACUUUCCACUCUCUACUCUCUACAUAACUAUCAAUAACCAUGCUCCUCCUAGGCCUCCUAAGCCUCCUCGGCACAGUCUCCGCCGGGGCGAUCAACGACUUCACAUGCAGAAGCACCACGCACCCGAACCCAGUGGUCCUCCUGCACGGCCUCGGGGCAACAUGGUACGAAGACCUGAACUACCUCCAAGCCUUCCUUGCCGCAUCGGAUUUCUGCACCUUCGCAAGCACGUAUGGCGCGUACGACGCGUUCCCGUUUCUCGGCGGAUUGAAGCCCAUCAACGACUCCGCAGCCGAGAUAGCAAGCUAUAUCCGCACCGUGGCGAACGAAACAGGCGCCUCCAAGAUCGAUCUAGUCGGUCAUUCAGAGGGGGGUUUCCAAACGCUGUACGUGCCGAAAUUCGAGGCCGGGAUCGCUGACCUGCUCGACACGCUGGUGGCCAUUGCGCCGCCAACGCACGGCACAACCUUUGCGGGAUUGUAUGAUCUCGCGUACGUGCUGGGCAAUGUAUCGCGGACCCUUGUCGGAGAAGCCCUGGAUAUACUCGGCUGUCCGGCGUGUAAUGAUCUGGGCCCUGAUGGGCCGGCUGUGCUCAGACUCAACGAUGGUGAUCCCAUUGUGCAGAGCGGGAACAGGCUGACGGUCAUCGCGAGCACGGACGACGAGCUGGUCACCCCCACGCAGACGGCGUUCGUCGACGAAACUGGCGUGCGCAACGAGUACGUCCAGGCGACCUGUCCGCUGGAUCCGGUCGGGCAUAUCGGCGAGGCGUACGAUUUGAAUGUCUGGAAUCUCGUCCUCAAUGCCCUCGAGGAUACGCCGGAAAGGGAGUUUGUCUGUGUGUUGGGGUCGCCGGGGAAGUAGUUACACUACAGAGAUAUCAAUAUAAUCAUAAUUAUCAUA